GGAAGACGUACUCGGCUGCAGAUGGCGCUCGUUGUCCAUCAAGGUGUGACUACCGUGACUGGGUGGUGACGGUCACUGCGUCGACUAGCGAAUUCACGCCUUGCAGCAAGCCUGCCUCCUCAAUUUCCUCGCCAGCGAGCACGUCCCCACCGUCUCCCACCACCUUUACUCGCCCGCUCGACUCAUCUGUCUCUGGGUCACUUCUCCACAAACGAAUCACUCGUGGUGACCUCUUGACAUAGAACAUCACCGCCUCAAGAAGCAAAAACCCCGCUAUACUCUCAACCACAUAGCCCCCUGCUCCAAGCAUCUCCUCCUCUCUACCAUGGCCCAGCAAGCACGCCCAUCCUCCUCCACAUCAGAUGGCUGGAAAGCGAGCCUCCGCCCUCCACCCAAAGACAGCCGCCCACAAACUGAGGAUGUCACCAACACGAAAGGCGUCGACUUCGAGGACAUGUACCUACGACGGGAGCUGCUCAUGGGUAUCUUCGAGGCCGGCUUCGAGAGGCCGUCACCCAUCCAGGAGGAGGCCAUCCCCAUCGCCCUCGCGAAGCGCGACGUGCUCGCGCGAGCCAAGAACGGCACGGGCAAGACCGCCGCGUUCGUCAUUCCGUCUUUGCAGCAGAUCGACGUGAACAGGAACAAGAUCCAGGCGCUGCUCCUCGUGCCGACGCGCGAGCUCGCGCUGCAGACCGCGCAUGUGUGCAAGAUACUCGGCAAGCACAUGGGCGCGCAGAUCAUGGUCACCACCGGCGGCACGACGCUCAAGGACGACAUUAUUCGUUUGUCGGAGUCCGUGCACGUACUCGUCGGCACGCCCGGUCGGAUAUUGGACCUGGCGGGCAAAAAUGUCGCGGACCUCAGCGAAUGCCCGGUCUUCGUCAUGGACGAGGCGGACAAGCUGCUCUCGCCCGAGUUUGCACCAGUCAUGGAGCAGUUGCUUUCGUAUCUGCCGAAGGACCGCCAGGUUAUGUUGUUCAGCGCGACGUUCCCAAUGAUUGUCAAGGACUUUAAGGACAAGCACAUGAAGCAUCCCUACGAGAUUAACCUCAUGGAUGAGCUGACCCUUCGUGGUGUAACACAGUACUACGCAUACGUCGAGGAACGACAGAAGGUCCACUGUCUCAACACACUGUUCUCGAAGCUGCAAAUCAACCAAUCCAUCAUCUUCUGCAACUCCACGAACCGGGUCGAGCUGCUCGCCAAGAAGGUCACCGAACUCGGGUACUCAUGUUUCUACUCGCACGCGAAGAUGCUCCAGUCUCACCGCAACCGCGUGUUCCACGACUUCCGUAACGGCGUAUGCCGCAACCUCGUCUGUUCCGACCUGCUCACGCGUGGUAUUGACAUCCAGGCGGUCAACGUCGUCAUCAACUUUGACUUGCCGAAGAACUCGGAGACGUACCUCCACCGGAUCGGUCGCUCCGGACGGUUCGGACAUCUUGGUCUCGCGAUCAACCUCGUCACGUACGAGGACCGAUUCAACCUGUACAAGAUUGAACAGGAGCUCGGCACGGAGAUUCAGCCCAUCCCCCAGAGCAUUGACAAGGGCCUGUACGUCGCGCCGGGUGCGUCUGACGAUGCUGAGCAGCAGCAACAGAAGGCGCGGGCAACGCCGGCCCAGCCGCGCCAGGCCGCGCCUCAACCUACACUCCCCCAGCAGCAGACACAGGUACAGCCGCAAGUCGUGUACUCGAGCAGUCCUCGACCGGUCGUGGCGAACGGGAACGGCGUGCCACCGGCCCAGAGGGCGCCAUAUCGUGGCGUGCCGGUCGCGCGAUGAGCCCUUUGGCGUCGCCGUCUUGGUCUCGUCGGUUACGUCGUGAGGGGUGGUUGGUAGGUGAGGGCCCUGGGCGGAUGGGCGGAGCGGAGGAGGGGGUGCGUCAAGACCGACUUUGCGAAUCCAUCUGUCUAUACCUUCACACGGACUAUCG